CGCGCACUCGGAAUGUUCCGGGCUGUCCUCCGCCACCUGGUCUGCGCGCGCGGCAGGUCGCGCGCGCGCUUCAGCACCCCACCGGCUUGGUAAGAAAGUCAGCUUGCAAGCCCGGCGGACCGUCAAACUCCUGGGGGAGAUGAGUUGUAGCCAUUCGUACCAUAAUUCAUUCGCCUCCUUCGAGCGAGGCUUCUGUCGGUGUGAUGCGUGGCAGGCAGCAGCUCAACAGGUAUCACUUGCUGAAGCAAAAAAAAUUGGAGAAAUCAAUGAGAGAAAUACCCAAUAAAACAAGCUUACUGAAACCCUUAAAAUCACUGGAGCCUAAGUCACUGUUGAAACUACUGGAAGCAUCUAUUGUACAUGCAGAUGGUACACUUGUGGCCCUUAAUAAACCUUGUGGUGUCCCUGUAACAGGCAAGUCAGAAGACCUGACUUUGCAAUCUGUCCUACCACAGCUAAGCCAGAAACUAAAUCUCCCACAAGAUCCCCAGGUGAUCAAAGCUCCAGAAAAGGAAUGUUCUGGACUUGUUCUGCUGUCGAGCUGCCCAAACACAACCCGGUAUCUCCAAGAUUUUUAUAUUCGGUGUAAGAGUAAAAAACAUCCAGUUGCAACAUACUGUGCUGUGACCACCAGGACUCCAGCAGCUAUGGAAGGGGAAAUUCAUACAGGCCUCAAGCUGGUGAACAUUGAUGGCUUUGACCUGGUGGUGCCGGUGGCUUCUCCUUCUCGUAAGAGCCUCCAAAGAACGGAGGUAAAAAAGACAGCGACGUACUACAAAGUGCUAGAUUCAAAUGAAGGCUGUGCCUUGUUGCAGCUGCAGCCAGUGACAACCUUUCGGAACCAGCUCCUGGUGCACCUGACGCUGAUCCUGAGCCCGGCGCUCGGGGAUCAUGUGUAUUCUUCUCGGGUGGGAACAGUUCUUGGAGAACCCUUUCUUUUGCCUGCUGAGAGUGCUCUGCCUCGGACACAGGUUCUAGAGGAACAUCUGAUGAAAAAGCUCCAGGUGCAGCAACAAGUGAUGUUUCGCUUGCAACUUCACCUCCACCUCCACCAACUUGUCCUCCCUGAUGACUGCUGUUCUUCCCGCACUAUAUUGGUCGCUCCUCCUCCUCCUCUUUUCCGCCAGACACUUCACAAUCUUGGACUUAACUUGCCCCCUGAGAGAAACAAGCAGUGAAAAAACGUGUGAAGCGCUUGUCUGAAUUCAGUAAAUGCUGGCGGCCCUGUCACGUGAACAUGGCUGCCUUAAAAUCCAGCAGCAGGCCUCCCACGCAAGAAGUUCCUACCGUUGUGGAAGAAAACUUUGCUCCUUCUGGAAGGAGGCUCGGGUGUAUAUUGUGUAUCACCGGAGCUGCUUGAAUAGGUGGCAUACAAAUGAUUGGGAGUGAAGAAAGGCUUAUUCAGAAGUGUGAUAAGAGGGAAAUUUCUAAGUAAAAACUUCCUUUGUAACCAACUGGUAUAAUCUGGCUACAGAAGGUAUUUUAAGGUG